AUGACUGAAACAAAUAAAGAUAAACAAUUAACUGUGAAUGAAAAUAUAAAUUGGAAUACAGUCGAAGACUUCGAUGAUAUGUUCGAUAUUGUCGAUGAUGAGAACGAUACGCUUGAAUAUGCAGAGGAUGAAUUAAAUAAAUAUUACUUGUCUGGCCAUCUGAAUUCAAUGGAGCAUGAAGAUGAAAUGAUUGAUGAUGAUAGAUAUCAUAAUGACUUAAAUGUCAUUGAAGAAAUACAAACAGAACCUAUUCUGUCACAAAAAUUCAGUCAAUUAUCAACAAAGGCUGAAGAUGAACAGAAAUCUGGUGUAAUUAAUAGAAGACGACGAUCAACUACUACUAUAUCUAGUCCAGAUGCCAGCUGCAAAAAGACAAAGCUAAUUGUGGACUAUGCUGAUGAAUCUACUGCUACUACCACAAUGAGUAGCACUGAAACAUAUGAAAUACCGAUCUAUCUAUCGAUAAAUAACAAAUUAUUUGUUCAUAUGGCACAAACUAUAACAAAAACAACUAGCUCUAUUCAUACAUCAAGCAGCUAG